AUGGCUCGUCGUUCAAAUCAAAAACGUAAUCAUGAUCGAAAUGCACCAAAACGACCAUCAGCAGCUUGGCGAUUAUUUUUCGAUGAUCAUCGUGAAGAAUUUACAAAACAAAAUCCAAAAUCAAGUUAUCACAAAAUUUCGAAAAAAUUAGGUGAAAUGUGGCGUCAAAGUGAUGAUGCAACAAAACGUCGAUAUCAAAAACAAUAUGAAACAAAUCAAGCUGAAUAUGAUGAAAAAAUGGAAGUCUAUACAAAAGAUCGAGAAAAUAAAAAAAGUCAAUCAUCAGUUGAAUAUAAUAAUUAA